AUGGAAGUUCACAGAGGUACGGGUUUGGAUGAGAUUCAACAAUAUGUUGAUGCAAGAUGGAUUUGUGCUCCAGAGGCAUUGUGGAAAAUAUUCAAAUUCACACUUUACAAGUUAUAUCCCUCUGUUGAAAGACUACAAAUCCACUUGCCAAAUCAUCAUCAAGUGCGGUUUUAUAAGCAUCAAAGAAUCACAGAUGUGCUAAAUGAUAACCAAAAUGCAGUAACCAUGCUCAUUGAAUUCUUCGCACUAAACCAAAUGGAUCCACAUGCUACGAAUUAUUUGUACAGAGAGAUUCCAGAGCAUUAUUGUUGGCUAAAAGGGGUCAAAAAAUGGCAGCGAAGACAGAGAAAACGAAAAGUUAUUGGUCGAAUCUAUACAGUAUCCUCUUCAGAAGGUGAGAAACCUUACUUACGUGUUUUGUUGUCUCAUUUAAGAGGUCCAACAAGCUGGGAAUACCUUCUUACACAUAAUGGUGCAUCUUUUUUCACAUUUAAAAAAUCAGUUGAGGAUUGGGGGUUAUUAGAGAGUGAUAAUAGUAUUCGUGAAUGUUUGUUUGAAGCAUCAAAUAUGCGUAUGCCAUAUGCUUUACGAAGGUUGUUUGUGACUAUAUUAAUUUUUUGUGAACCAACUGAUGUUAGAGGCCUAUUUAAUGAGUUUUAUCCCUAA